UGAUUACAUGUGAAGUACACGUUUAGUUGGUUGAACUUGAUACAUAAUAUCUUGUACUUUAUCCAGAAAUGCACUAGAUCUUGACUUUAUAUUCGGCUGUUAGAUAAACAGUUUUCGGAAGACAUCUAAGCAGUUCCCCUCGCCACAACCUCCAAGAGAGAAUUAGAAGAUAUUCGCUGCGUUUAGCCUGAGAUCAAAGCAAGUAAGAAAGUCUAACAUCAGCCAUAAAGAACAAUAAAAAUGGCAUGCUGUGGCCCCAUCAACAAGAGACUACUGCCAGUCAAGGCUUUCUACUUUUGCUGUUUGGCAGCUGUGGGGACAUUACUUCCCUUUAUCUCUAUCUACAUGAAACAACUAGGACUCACAGCAUCAGAAACUGCAGUCAUUUAUGGACUCAUGCCCUUCAUAGGGUUCUUCGUGCGACCAGUUAUAGGAAUUUUAGCUGAUAAAUUCCGUCAACAUAAACUCUGCUUGAUACUUUGCUGUUUGUUCUGUGGGGCCUUUUUUGCACUCAUCCUAGCAGUGCCUAGUAAAGGAAAACAGACCCCUAGUGAUAACAGUAACAAUAAAGUGAAUCUUACAUGCAUGAAUGAUCAUUUAGUGAUGUCACAAUGCACAGAUCAGACAUUACAGUGUCAGCUAGGACAAUUAGAAAAUCCAGUGGUAAACAAGUCCCAGUGUCAUUUACAGUGUAACAACAGCCAGUUUUCCAAACAAGAAAUCCAUAGUUGUAUUCCGCCACAUCAUGAUCUCCUCACGUUACAAAUGCUCAAUGCAAAACAUGAAAAUGAGUCCUUGCAUAAUCGGAUACCCCUGAAUUAUGUUCUUAAAACAAUGGAGGACCUAGUCAGCGAUUGCAACAGUUCAUUAGACAGUAUGAGCUCUUUCAGUACCACUGUUUUAAAAUCGAAAAAGCUAGAAAAUCAAGGACUAGCUAUUGACAGCUGUCUGUGCUUUUCUGUUGAAGAAUUUGAAAGUGGCGGAACUGUAAGUCAUGGAUUGUCAUGUAGUAAUGACUCUGAACCAUUUAUCUGUAAUGUUGUGUGUGAUGAAAACACAAUAACUGCAUGUCGUGCCAUCUCUGAACAAAGUUUCGUCACACUUACAUUUUGGUUAUUCCUGGCGAUUAAUCUUCUAGCGAAUGUUGCAUUUGCACCAAUAUUCCCAUUAAAUGAUGCCAUAACUUAUGACAUGUUAGAAGGGGCUUAUGGGAAAUGGGGACAGCAACGGAUGUUUGGAACAUUAGGAUUUGGAAUAUUUGCAAUCACAUCUAGUUUCAUAAUGGAUCAUAUAAGUCGAAAUCAAACCCAAGUCGACUACUCAGUUUCCUUCUAUAUAUUUGGUGCACUGAUGUUUAUGUGUGCCAUUGUGACAUAUACAUUCCGUAUCACAGAGAACGUCAGUUGUAACGCCAUGAUGUCAAACCUGGGCCAAUUGCUGAAGAGAUUGGACAUUUUGGUGUUCCUCAUAGUCGUGUUCGUGUUUGGUAUGAUGACAGGUGUUCACGAGGCAUUCCUUUUCUGGUAUCUCAUAGAGCUUGGCUCUCAACAAAUCACUAUAGGACUGGCCCUGGCAGUUACGUGUAUGGCAGAGUUCCCUGCGCUGCUAUUUGCUGGCAAAGUGAUAAACAAAAUAGGAGAGGUAUUCUGCCUAUACCUUGCCCUACUUGGAUGGUCCAUCCGUUUCUUCUGUUACUCUGUCAUCCCUGAGGCCUGGUAUGUCUUACCUAUUGAACUGCUUCAUGGUAUCACCUUUGCUUUGAUGUAUGCUGCAGCCUCUGGGUAUGGUAGCAUCGUUGCACCAAAGGGUAUGUCAGCCACCAUACAGGGAUUGAUUGGAGGUCUUCACUUUGGACUGGGUAAAGGUGCUGGUAGUCUUCUAGGAGGUCUGAUAUAUGGAUCAUUCAGCCCAAUAGUCAUGUUUAGGAGCUGCGCAGUAUUCUGUUUGAGUGUUUUGACACUGUAUUGGAUCUUGCAGAAAUUUGUAAUCAAGAAACGAGGUGUAGAGAAGGAAGUCAAUCUCAAUGAAACAGCUGGGGAGAAAAUGCUUGAUUCCGCAACAAACAAGGAUGCUUCAAAUGGUGACACUAAAAUAAGAAAUGGUGACACAAAAUUAGGAAAUGGUGACAGUAUAGAGAAACGUCCAUUAGAUCCUGAGAGUAACCACGUCUAA